GGUGGACAGUCCGUGCGCGCAGGCCCGCGCCAUGAGGCCGCAGCCGGCGCCCGUGUCGGGGAAGGUGUUCGUGCAGCGCGACUACAGCAGCGGCACCCGCUGCCAGUUCCAGACCAAGUUCCCGGCCGAGCUGGAGACGCGGAUCGAUCGGCAGCAGUUUGAAGAGACUGUGCGAACUCUCAAUAACCUGUAUGCAGAAGCCGAGAAGCUUGGGGGCCAAUCUUAUCUCGAAGGUUGUCUGGCCUGCCUGACUGCCUACACUAUCUUCUUGUGCAUGGAGACACAUUAUGAAAAGGUUCUGAAGAAAAUUGCCAAGUACAUUCAGGAACAAAAUGAGAAGAUCUACGCUCCCCAGGGCCUUCUCCUGACGGAUCCCAUUGAGAGAGGACUCAGAGUUUGCAGAUUGAAAUCACCAUUUAUGAAGACAGAGGUAUGAGCAGUGGAAGAUAAAACCAUGGACCCCAAGCCCCUGGCUCAGCGGUGGACUCGCCGUAUCAGAGCGUUCCCCUACCUCCUCUCUAGAGCAUCAUUCCUCUCUGCUGCCAGACCUGUGGUGCCAUCUACUUACCAAGAUUAACUUUCUAAACUUCUGGCUGGUCAGCAUCCAUUUUGUGGCCUGUGGCAAGCUUUAAGCAGUGGGAUCAUCUUGUUCGUUUCCAUGGACAAGGAAUGGGCAAAGUAAAGCUGUUGCUCUUCAACAAAUGAACUGGGCAGUUCAGCCCAGUGGGAAGCAGCUGUUUCCCUCCCCACCAGUUAAAUCUUCCGACACAGCAGGCUGCAAGUCUGACUUCAGGGAGUCUGUGCCAGAAACAAGGCCCGCACUCCAGUGCAGGGCAGAGCAGCCUGCAAUACACUCACUGCACACAGUGCCUCUGCCUAGCAGGAAGUGACUCGAGGCACAGAGCAGUCUCAGGUUCCUGAGCUGACGCUCACUGGGAGUUCAAUGCAGAAAGGUUUUUCUAAUGAUUUAGUUGUUUUUCCUAACCCCCGAUAGCUGGUAUUGUUACUGGGUACUUUGCUGGUGCCCUGGGAAUCUACUGCUGUCACUGGAGUUCUCCACGCUCGCGGGAAGAGACAGUCUGUUGCUUGUUCCCUUCAACUGUGUCAGUACAAUAAAAUGGAUGCUGAACCAAUACAUGUAGCCAUCCCCACUCUUCCCCUGAAGGUUAUUAUGUAAAAUGUAAUGAACUGUUUUGUUUCUCUAUGGAUUUAUUAUAUAUAAUUUAUAGCAAAAUGUUUAUUUGAUGGAUUACUCAAUAGUGUGUAAGAUGGUUUCUUAACUCGCGCUGCUGGCAAACUGCUGAAAAGCAGAGCUGUGCAGUAUGUCAUAUUUCCCAUGAAUUAACAUUCCUCAGCAAUAUCUGCUAUGCUAUCUUGGGCAUCUUCCGAGUAAAACUUCCAGCAAACAAAAUUGGCCUAAUAUUUUCUGUUGUCUCCCUCUCCUGUAUAACACGAGAUCUUUACUUGGCUGGGUUUAUGCUAGCACAGACCCCCCGGCUGGAGAGCUACUGUCCACCGUGGGACUUGUAGAACAAGACAACCGCUACAACUAGGUGGAGUGUCGAGUUUUCUGUGAUACUGUAGGUGCUAAUCCUGGAGCGGAGAUUCCAGGCUUCCUGUUCAACCACUUCUUUCUUUUUUUCCCCCUCCUCUUUGAGACUUGUUUCCUGUUUUAAUUGUACAGAAGACUUUUUCUUUGUCUCUCUGAACUGUAAAAGUGCAUUUGCCUUUUGCACCUGUUGCAAUAAUUUUGCAGAACUAUUAAUGGAUUAGUAAAAUUUUCUUAUAUUGUG